AUGGCUCUCGCUUCAGAAACUGGUGGGUGUACGUGUAUGUGUCAAUCACGAGUUUUUCAGCGCUUUUGGUGGCAAGGCGAAGAAGGAUCUAAUGGUGGUUUAAGGGUUUCUCCUCAAGAACCCAUCCGUGCCCAAGAAAAUAAGCGGUCAAGCUUGGAUUUCAAGCGUUUAUGCAGAGAAGGAAAAGUGGAAUCAGCUCUUGAAGCCAUGGGUGAAAUGGAAAAGAACGGAGUUCUUGUUGACUCGCUUGACCUUGUGAAAUUGCUGCAAGUGUGUGAGGUUAGGAAGUUGGUAGGAGCUGCGAAAAGGGUCAUUGACUAUGCAACGAGGUCUCUAUCAGAAGCCAGUACUGUUGUAUUUAACAAGCUGGUGCAGGUGUACUGUAAAUGGGGUGAUACAAGGACUGCAAGAAGCGUGUUUGAGCAAAUGCCUGAGAGAGACUUGGAUUCUUGGAAUAGGAUGCUGAUUGGUUUGGCAGAAAAUGGGGAAGGAGAAGAAGCUUUGGCAGUAUUUUCCCGGAUGAAGAAAGAUGGAGUAAAGCCUGAUGGGUCUACUGUUCUUGGUAUUAUUAUGGCGUGUGGAUGCUUAGGGGAAGUUAAGGACGGGCAAAAACAUUUUGUGUCAAUGAGCAGGGACUACGGGAUUAUUCCUUCCAUGGAGCAUUACGUGGCCAUAGUUGAUCUUCUUGGAAGGGCACGGAAGAUAGCCGAGGCACAGGAGUUUAUUGCAAAUAUGCCGAUUGAGCCAAGUUCAGUUGUUAGGGAAACACUACAGAAACAUUUUCCAAUUGAAAGAAAAGGGAAGCUUGACAAACGGAAAUCUCCUUCUGGUUCGAACGACAAAAGUACAAGGAAAGCUAAAUACAAACCAAGUUGGGACCGAAAGAAUUCACAUAAGCGUGGAGAGAAGAAACCUGCUAAGAUUGCACGCAAAGUACCAAAAGGAGUCAUUCAUGUCCUAGCAACAUUCAACAAUACUGUUGUAACUGUUACUGAUCUGCGUGGCCAGGUGUUUUCUUCAUCCUCUGCUGGUUUUUUUUCGAGGGUACAAAAAGAGGAACACCAUUUGCUGCUGAAACUGCGGCAAGAGAUGCUAUUCAGAUGGCGGCGAAGCAAGGUUUGCAGCGAGCAGAGGUCAUGA